CACCGCCCGUAUCUACCCUGCUGCUCACCGGAAGUCACGUGACUCAACGUCUGAACGUGCCUAGCUGCUGCAGCGGUGGAUCUGUUCUUUAAUGCGGACUUUCUGUCCCUAACUGUCCGCUGUUUACUGUCAUUAUAAACAUGUCAGGCAAGUCGGAGCUAAAAAUCAACUCCGAGUUUGCUCAGAGGUACGAAAAGUACCGGCAGAAGGAGGAGUUACAGAAGCUGAAGGACCGGUUCGGAGACCGAGCCGAUGAGGGCAGCGACUCGUCGUCUGAGUCCAGUUCUGAUGACAGUGAAGUGGAGUUGGACCCUGAUGUGGAGAGAGAUUUUUACAGAACAUUGUCCCUGUUGAAGAAAAGGGACCCAAAGAUUUAUGAAAAAGAUGCCAAGUUCUACUCAGAAGAAACAUCUCACGAUGAUGAAAAGCCUUCAACAUCAAAAAAAGACAAAGUCAAACCCAUGUUCCUGAAGGACUAUGAGCGUAAAGUGAUACUGGAGAAGGAAGG